UCUGGUCUGGCCAGCUGGCUAAUGUUUUGAAGAACAUAGCUAAUAGCUAGCCUAGCUACACUGCUAGCUUGCUAACCACAGUCGGUCAACACAAUAUAAAAACAUCGGAGAAAAUAAAACAUCAUUAUAUGAGACAGUUUCAGGUGCUAGUAAAAGUCGAAUAUAUGUAAAUAGCUAAGUCGACGAGAAAAUCCAACCGAAGCGGUGGGAAAAGGUAGGGACAUGGUCGAGUAUCGCUAAUGUUAGCUAGUUAGGCCAAUGCAAUGCCUUGUUGGGGUUGGUUGUCAACGCUAGUUCUUGCUUGAGUUGGACAAACGCUGGCAUGUUAGCUAGCUAGUUUAUUGGGAGACCGGUAGUUAUAGAUUGUAACACAAGAUAAUGUGAUUUAACCCAAAAUAGUAUACUGGUAGUUACAGGCCUGGCUGUACAAAAUGUCGUCAGAGAUUUUUCAACUAACAACUUUAACCUGUUAUAUUGGCGAUACUAUCUUCGUCUUCCAGUAAUGGCCCACAUUUGUUGGGUUAAAUGACAUUAUCUGGUUUUAUAAUCUGGAGUUAGGAGACAGGUAGUUAACUAGCAUUUCAAAGUUUCAUGACAGCCUGUUUUCGUUUUGUUUCUCUGUGUUUCAGUUUUAAUGUCUGAACCCACACCACCAGUUGUUUUGCCAUUAACGUUAUGUUAUGUUGUAACGUUAAUUCUGUAAAACCAACAGAUUUUCAUUAUUCAUGCCACCAAUGGCAACAUUGUCAUCAGCAGCUCAUGGCUGUUAACAAAUGACAACUGCAGUGAUAAGGUAACUAAUAAUACAUAAAUACAAUUUAGUUAGCUACUUAGCUACAAACAUGGUUCUGUCAUCAACAGCUGGAUUUCAUUAUGCCAUGUAAAGGUGUAGACUACAAGCUAGACUCCCCUCUAGACUACAGGCUGGCCACAGACACACUUUCAUAUGGCCUUUGCUUAGACCCUUUGGUGACUGAGACCAACAAACACCAGUGUGAAGGAGAGGGAGGAAGGCCUGAUCUUUGAGAUGACUGUCUACCCAAAGAAUUCGGUGCAGAUCUUAUCUGCCCGGGAGCGUGGGGCCCGUGGCCUUGGCUCCGAGCGCCUCCUGCAGCAGCUUGUUGAAGAGAAGACCCGGCGGAUGAAAUGGCAGAGUCAGAAAGUGGAGUUGCCGGACAACCCUCGUUCUACCUUCCUGUUGGCUUUUAGCCCGGACAGGACCUUAAUGGCCUCAACUCAUGUCAACCACAACAUUUAUAUCACAGAGGUUAAGACAGGGAAGUGUGUUCACUCUCUAUUGGGCCAUCGCCGCACUCCUUGGUGUCUGACCUUUCACCCUACCAUCCCUGGUUUGGUGGCUUCGGGAUGUCUGGAUGGAGAGGUUCGCAUCUGGGACCUGCAUGGUGGCAGUGAGAGCUGGUUCACUGAGAGCAAUGCGGCCAUUGCCUCCCUGGCCUUUCACCCUACUGCCCAGCUCCUUCUCAUAGCAACAAACAAUGAGGUUCACUUCUGGGACUGGAGUAGGAGGGAGCCAUUUGCCCUGGUCAAGACUGCCAGCGAGACAGAGAGAGUCAGACUGGUGAGGUUUGACCCACUGGGUCAUUACCUGUUGACCGCUAUAGUGAAUCCCUCGAACCAACAGCAGAGUGAUGAUGAUUCUGAGGUUCCCAUGGAUAGCGUGGAGAUGCCCCACUUUCGCCAUCGAUCCUUCCUACAGUCCCAACCGGUCCGCCGUACCCCCAUUCUCCACAACUUCCUGCACAUCCUGUCGUCGAGGAACUCAGGCUCACAGUCUGAGGAGCAGCAUCCUCCCGCGCCCGCUGCCGAUAGUGCUGCUGACUCUCCUCGUCUUCCCUCUGGACGUUAUUCCGCCCUGCGUAAUCGUUCCCGACCCCCCUACCAGGGUUGUGUGCAACACUUUGGUAUGGUUUGCUUCUGCAGUCGGUGCUCUGCCACCCGAGCCCCUUCACCAACUGGAGAGGACCCCUCUGACCCUGAGAGCCUGGAGGCCCAGUCCCAUGCCUCCACCUUCUCCUCUGCUCGCACUGAGCCCCGGCAGCCAUCUGAGCCUCGCUCCUCACACCGGCCCUCUGCCUUCAGCAGUGUGUACGGCAGUGCUAGAGGACACUCUUUACGCACUCCAUCUUCAGGCCCUGGCCAGCGCAGCAUCCCAGGCCUUAUAACCAACCAGGCCCAGGGCCACCAGCAGCCAGGCCGGGAGUGUUCUGGGCGACUGGCGGGGGCAGACUGGAUGGGCAGCAUGCUCAACAUGCGGCCUGAGCGUAGUGGAGGUGUUGGGGUAUCUCCACCCAGGACUAGUGCGUCCUCUGUCAGUCUGCUGUCUGUGCUGAGGCAGCAGGAGGGCUCCUUUCAGUCGCCUGUCUACACCUCUGCCACAGAGGGAGGAAGCUUUCCCUCAACAGUAGUGAGCCCCCACACCAGUGGAAACAGCUCUGUAGAUGGACCCAGCACUAGUAGUGGACACCACUCUCUUGGGGAGGGAGGGAGCAACAGCCCCACCUCUAUCCGUAACGUGCUGCAGUGCAACUUGAAUCGCUACUUCAUGGAGUAUGAUCGCAUGCAGGAAAUGGAGCAGUCAGGUGGUGCUGGUGGAGAGGGCAGCCAAGAGCAACAGACGCGGGAGAUGCUCAAUAAUAACAUAGACUCUGAGCGACCUGUCACCCCUCAUUAUCAGCCCCCCGACAGCAGCGAUGGUGGUUCUGGUCCCUCCCGCGGCCAUAUGAACCGCUGCAGGGUCUGCCACAACCUGUUCACGUUUAACCAAGGUACGCAGCGCUGGGAGCGCACCGGCCAGACCCCAUCACAAGAGGAGGGGAGCCCCUCAUGGCAGCCCCCAAGCCCCAACCCUGCCUUUCACACAAUGAGGCAGACUGUGCUACAGGAGCGCCAGUCCUCUGACAGGAGACAGUCGGCACAGACACAGCCCAGUGCUGAUGAACCUGGAGGGGACACGGCCUUCCCUCACCGGGGAACACCCAGCCCACAGAGAGAACAGGCGGUGGGGUUGGUGUAUAACCAGGAGACAGGCCAGUGGGAGAGGGUUUACAGACAGUCUGCAAGUCCAAGUCCAGCAGUGAAUGUACCACAAGAGGCCUUAAACCAAGAAAUGCCUGACGAAAGCCCCGAUGACGAUUACCUGAGAAGGAGGCUUUUGGAGUCAUCUCAUAUGUCGCAGUCUCGAUAUGACAUAUCUGUCUCCCGGGACCAUCCUAUUUAUCCAGAUCCUGCCAGGUUGUCCCCUGCUGCAUAUUACGCCCAGAGGAUGAUUCAGUACUUAUCUCGGCGGGACAGCAUUCGCCAACGAUCACUGCGCUACCAGAGCCGACUGCGGCCUCUCUCAUCCACCUUGGACAGCCCAGGAAACAACUCCUCCCCCUCCAUUGAGAACAAUGAGGUGGACUUUGAGGAGUUUGAGGAUAACGGUGAUCGCGCCAGAUACAGAGCUCCACGCAACGCUCGUAUGUCUGCCCCCUCGCUUGGCAGAUUUGUUCCCCGGAGGUUCCUACUGCCUGAGUAUCUGCCAUAUGCUGGGAUCUUCCACCAUGAGAGGGGCCAGCCUGGCCUGGCCACCCAUUCCUCCGUCAACAGGGUCCUAGCAGGUGCGGUUAUUGGCGACGGUCAGUCAGCUGUGGCCAGUAACAUCGCCAACACCACCUACCGCCUCCAGUGGUGGGACUUCACCAAGUUCGACCUACCUGAAAUCAGCAACUCUUCUGUCAACGUGCUGGUGCAAAACUGCAAGAUCUACAAUGAUGCCAGCUGUGACAUCUCUGCAGACGGGCAGCUCCUGGCCGUGUUCAUACCCAGCAGCCAGCGGGGCUUCCCAGACGAGGGCAUCCUGGCCGUCUACUCUCUGGCGCCUCACAACCUGGGAGAGAUGCUCUACUCCAAGAGAUUCGGUCCUAAUGCCAUCUCUGUCAGCCUGUCCCCGAUGGGCCACUACGUGAUGGUGGGCUUGGCCUCCCGCAGGAUCCUUCUCCAUCACACCACAGACCACAUUGUAGCACAAGUGUUCCGCCUGCAGCAGCCCCAUGGUGGAGAGACUUCCAUGAGGAGAAUGUUUGAUGUGGUGUACCCCAUGGCCGCUGAUCAGCGGAGACACGUCAGCAUCAACUCGGCCCGCUGGCUCCCAGAACCUGGCCUGGGGCUUGCCUAUGGUACCAACAAGGGAGACCUAGUCAUCUGCAGACCUGUAGAUGCCCAGUCAGACGGAGACGGCCCCUCUGAGCACAGUGAGCCCAUAUUUGCUGUCAACAACAAUCGAGGCGGUGGUACCGGUGGGAGCCGCAACGGAGAGCGACCAGGGAGCAGCAGGGCCCCCUUGAGGUCUGAAAGGGACAUGGGACUUAUGAACGCCAUCGGUCUCCAGCCCCGUCACCCUACCCCCGUUGUGACAUCACAAGGUACACAGACACCCGUCAUACAGCUUCAGAAUGCCGAACGAGGCACACAGACGGACAGAGAUCCACAGGUUCCCAGCACCUCCCGGGCCUCCCAAGCAACAGACAUUGGUGGACACAUAAGGGACCUUCAUCCAGGCAGCAGCACAGAGAUGGUGCCUGAGACGUCCCCGCCCACGCUGCAGGAGGAUGGCGAGUCAGCCCAGGCCUCCACAGAGGCCAGCACCACCUUGGCUAACCCAGGAGAAUCUCAAGACCAGGGCAGUGGGGAGGACGCCCUUUCUCGGCUCCGCAGGCUGAUCGCUGAGGGUGGUAUGACCGCCGUGGUCCAGAGGGAACAGAGCACCACCAUGGCCUCCAUGGGCAGCUUCGGUAACAACAUCAUUGUUAGCCACCGCAUCCACCGCGGCUCCCAGACUGGGACAGAGGCUCAGGAUGGGGGCAGAGCCACUCAGGGCAGGGGUCAGGGUCGUGGUGGAGGUGGUUGGACGUCCCUCUCUCCGCCCCACCGCGGCACAGAGCCCACCUCCCGUAUUCUGACCCACCCCAGCAUGCAGCUGGGGGAGAGCUCAGCCUUCCUGUUGGAGCCCUCUGGGGCCCAUAGCCGGACAGUAGCACCUCUCCCCUCCCAGUACAUCACAGUCUCUUCUCAUCUCAGCCCUCAGGGGCCCGUGGGGGUGGAGGAGGGGGCCGAUGGGACCCCUAUGGACACAGACGAUGUGUUUGAGGGUGUGGGACUUGUCGAUGAUCUACACUCGCCCUCUGCUUCCUCCUCCUCCUCUUCUUCAACCCUCUCCCCUGUUGUCUCCCCUCUCAACAACAACAACUUCAGCGGCAGUUACCAUGGAGACCCCUACAGUCGAUAGAUGGUCAUGUGCUUUCCAUGUCCAUCUGAUCUCUACCUAGAAGACUCUCCUUCCUCUAGCCUUAUUACAUUGACUACAGUUUUUUUCUGGAGGCUUCCAAUCCCAACAAUGAAAUGAUGCACUUAAAACUUUAUCCCACUCCUCCAUUGCCUGUACUGUUUUCUGUCCAAUAGUAGGCUGGAUGAGGCCUAUCUACAACCUAGGAUUAGGCUUGGUCUCGUUCUUGGAUGUGGUGUUCCUUUGCGUGCCCUGACCUCAAUUUGAGACUUGUCAUUGCCCAAUUGAGUGCAAGAAUCCAAAGCGACAGUGUGACCAUUCCAUCGGAGAGAAGUGGACCUGUAGGACUCUUUACAAUCAGGGUUCAGAUCGGUGGUUUUCGAAUGCCAUCUGGGAUCAAAUUCCAUGAUGAAAUUGUAACUUUCUUCAAAACGUGUUAAAAGACUCUUCCCCUUGCUCAUUAUUAGCAAGAAGCUGGUAUACUGAGUAGAAACACAUUUUAUUAACCAAUCACAUUGGUACAAUUCGAUUGUGAAACUGGAUGAUUCUUUAUCUGUUUUUAUUUUUUUAUACGUCUAUAAAUUAUGUUUGUGUGAGAGAGGUUGUUCUAUGUCACCCUUUGUAGUUACAAAACGUUUCAUUCUUCCGUUAUAGUUGUCAUGGUUGAUUACAAACAACAUUCAUCAUGAUUACUUUUGUAUUUAAAAGGUUGAUUUUUAAUAAUAACCGGGUACGGUACACAUGUACUACCGGCAUGUAGAUCAUGAGCCCUAGAUCCGCAGCCUCAUAACUUCCAAACUUGUUUCGAAACACCCAAAUGCUGUCCCAAGUCUUUGAAGUGAAGCAUUUUGACAAGAGUGUCACUCGUCUACGCUGUCAAACUGUCACCCCAUGUCUUGUGAUGGUUGUCUUUUAUACAGUAUGAUUCCUUCUCUAGAUCCACUGUGGUAUGUUGAGCCCAGUCAUCAAAGGCUAACUGGAAUUUGAAAAGGAGAUACUACACAAUGUGUUGUACAUCCAGAAGGCUCUCUUUUGAAAAAGCCCCCCGGUGCCUUGAGGGUUGUGUUGUUGUGAAAGAGGCAGUUGGAGGUGCACAGGGGUGAUGAUGCGUAUAGCAUUCCAGGUCACCACAGGGGCAAAGCUCUCUAGGUUGAAUGGACUUAGUGUGCUUCAAACACCUUUGUCAGGUCUUAGUCCUUUUUCAAAUUGGUUUGGCAAUUAACAGUAAUCUGCAAAAAAUAAUACAUUUUAUUUGUUUUUCCUAGCGAGGUGGUGGGUUUUGGCAGUGAAAGAAUCUGUGUUGAAUUAAUGAAUUUGGAAGUGCUUACUGCAGCAUAUUUCGUUGUGAAAAGUUAUUGCAUUAUGAACAGGUCUUUGUCUCUCUGCCACUGUUGGUCCAGCCAACUGGCACUGCUUAUCUCGGUCUCUCUCUCAAAAGUAUAUUGUGAUUGUAUCUGUUGAGUUUAUUUAUGUUUUAGAAAGAGAAUGGUUAUAGAAGAAGAUAUGCCAACUUAUGCAAUAACGUAAGGUUGAUCGUAAUCUUUUUUCAUUUAAACGUACAAUAGUCAUGUGAUCCUUGUCGCAGCACUGUCUGUCUCUGUUGUUCAGAUCACUUCUGGGAGUUCAAUGCACCAUUUGUCGGUUCAUACGCUGUUCUGACUACAAACAACUUCAGAAUUUUCAAUUGUCAAAAAGAGAAAUAUAUUUUGUUCAUUGUUUAUCCUAUUGUGAAAUUGUCUCAUCUUCCCAGUGUUUUCCUAUACUGUAUGACUGACCAUUCACUUCUACUGUGCUGAUCUUCGUUUUAAUUUGUCCUCAAUUAAGGGGUCCCAUUAUGGCUUGUAAUGACUCCUGGAAGGUUAUGCUAAAUACUAGAUUACCCCUCAUAGCGUCAGGGUCUGAGUGAAAUUAGAUUUGGACAAAUAUAUGCUUGUUGUUCAAGCAUUGAUGCGUUUCAUGUUACCGCGUGAUCCAUGAAAGACAAUAGCCUUCUGAUUUUAUACAAAAAUAAUCCUGUUUAUACCAACUUCUACCCGACGACCCUUGGAAAGAGCAGGAGACCGGAGGCUCAUUUACAGUUCUUGGGUUGGGAUACCGGAGUGAUCUGGGUAGGAGUAGAAAGGGAUAGAAUGAGAGAGUGUUUGCGACAUACAAACCAAAAGACCCAUCAGGCAUCAGAAUGGUUCAGGAUAACCCAGAUCUGUCAGACUCUCUGCUCCUGAAAAGAUCCCCUCCCCUUUGGGAACUGGAGCAGACGGCUGACACAGUUUUCUUUUGUUUCCCGCUUUUAUUUCUUUUUGAGCACACUCAUCUCAUGUUUUUGUUGUCUCUGAUUUUUGAACUUGUGGAAUUAACUGUUUUCUUUCAACCGUUUUCUGUUGUAUUUGAAGAGGAUAUGAUUGUCCUGUUGCUCAGGAGGAUAAUGGAAAUGUGUUCUAAACAGAAGGCACGAGCUUACAGUGGCUUCGUGGUGACUGUUGGGUGAGAUGGAGAGAGAAAUGGAAAUGGAGCAGUAGAGCUGAAUGCUGAUCCCUGUGGGCUCCAGGCCUGCUAGGUUUGAAGUGGGAGAAAAACAGUCAGCGAAACCGCAGCGUUGAUUUGGUCACCGUGAUGCUCAUCUAUUUCAGCUUUCACCUUCUAUCUGUGCUCUUUAUUACUCAGUUCACCAACAUACAAUAAUCAGCAGCUUGUGUAUCAAUUCGAUCAAGACCAUAGUUAAAUAGUGUAUCUACAGUAUAUACAGUUCCACAUACAGUUCUCCACAGUUUUUCUGCUGAUUACUUUCCACAGCCCAGGACGUUUUGAGACUUCCAGGGUUUUUAUUUUCUGUGUAAUUAAGGGCAAUAUGUAAUCACAUUACAUACUCAACAGAUUUAGUUAUAAUGCUUUACACUGACCACAUAACAUAACAAUAAUCAAACUGCACACCUGUUCACAGAUCACAAAAUCAUUGUAGUCAAGACAUUACACUGCCAUAUUUUCAUACAGGUGAUAUUCACGUGUUUGUGCAGCAGAAUAAAACUGUAUGUGACCUUCUGGAUAUGAUUGAAAUUUGGAUCAGAUCUGUUUGAGUUUUUUUAAUGUAUUUUUUGUAAGUCUGAAAUGUGUUUAUAAAUUGAGGAUAAUGAGCUUCCUAUACAAUUGCUUUCAGGAAAAUUCUAAAGGUCAUGAGUGUAUUUGUUCUGUUGUCACUGACUCACCAUAGUGUCUUUUUCUCACAUUUUAUCAGUAUGUGAUCUGCUGAGUGUACGUGAACUCAACAAGGAAGUGUCUUCAGUGUACCAGUUUUUUGUAGGAGAUUGUGAUUGUGGUUUUCUAUCUACUUUAAAAGGCAAAAUGCAGUAUAUUACAGUAGUCAAUGUGCAACUAAGUGCUGUGGGAACACCAAAGAUCCUAGAAAAUAUAUGUUGAUCAUAAACAAAUAAAAAUAAAAAUGUAAAACUAAGAAACAA